GCAGCAGCCUGCGAUCUCAGUUCAGAUUAUAAAUUAGUGCGGCGCGGUUUGGAUCGAUCGGAAUCGGAGAAAAGGAACACAAAUCAGAAAUGGGGCAGCGCCGCCGCUCAAGAUCACGGAUCGUCCUGGUGCCGUUUCCGGCUCAAGGGCACGUCUCCCCCAUGCUCCACCUCGCGCGCCUCCUCCAUGCAAGCGGCCUCGACGUGACGGUGGCCACGCCGGACUUCAUCCACCGCCGCCUAGUCGCCGCAGGCGGCGGCGGCGACGGCGGAUGUAGGUUAGUGUCGAUCCCCAGCGGCCUCGACGCCGAAGGCGAUGCCACGCCAGAUUUCUCGGCCAUCGAGCGGGCGAUGGAGAGCCACAUGCCGCCGCACCUGGAGCGGCUGCUGCUGGAUGAAGAGGAAGAGGCGGUGACGUGCGUGGUGGUCGACCUGUUGGCCUCGUGGGCGAUACCGGUCGCGAGGCGCUGCGGAGUCCACGUGGCUGGAUUCUGGCCAGCGAUGCUCGCGACUUUCCGUAUCAUCUCCGCCAUCCCUGAGUUGAUUAACAGGGGCCUCAUAUCUGAAUACGGAAGUCCUGUAAACCAUCAAGAACAGAUGGCGGCGGCGGAGGAGUCACUGACCCUGGCGGGGCAAGCCAAGCUGAGCACCAAGGAGUUGCCAUGGCUGGUGGGCAACCCUGCCACCCAACGGUCGCGGUUCAUCUUCUGGCUGCGAGUCCUGGAACGUGCCAAAUCCGUGCAGUAUCUACUGGUCAACUCCUUCCCCGACGAAUCAGGUCAACUUGAGCAGAGUUCCCAUCACCACCACCCGCGGCCUCUUCCGAUUGGCCCCUUGUUGUUCUCCCACCGCACCGCCAACAUCAGCAUGUGGGAAGCAGACCGCAGCUGCCUGCGCUGGUUGCAGCAGCACCCUCCCGGUUCCGUCGUCUACGUGUCGUUCGGCAGCUGGGUGGCGCCGUUCUCGCCGGAAAAGAUCGCCGAGAUUGCGUUCGGGCUCGAGGCUUCCGGGCGGCCGUUCCUGUGGGUGCUGAAGGACGAUUCCUGGAGGGCCGGCCUUCCGCCCGGGUUCCCGGGGAGCCGGGCCGGGAUGAUCGUGAGCUGGGCACCGCAGGAGGAGGUGCUGAGGAGCCCCGCCGUGGGGUGCUACCUCACGCACUGCGGGUGGAACUCGACCUUGGAGGCGAUCCAGUACGAGAAGAGGCUGCUGUGCCACCCGGUCGCCGGGGACCAGUUUGUGAACGCCGCGUUCAUCGUCAAGGUGUGGGGCAUCGGCGCCAUGCUUGACGGCGCCGGGAGGUCCGCCAUUGAGGACGGCAUCAGAAGGGCGAUGGCGAGCGACGAGGGCGAGGAGAUGCAGGCCAGCGUGGAGCGGCUGAGGAGGAGAGUCAUGGGGGAUGGCGAAGGGAGUUCCAAAGCCAUAGAAAAUUUACAGUGUUUCUUGGAUCGGAUGAAGCAAAACAUGCAAUAGGAGAUCGAUCGACCCUCGUUUUGUCUGUGGUUUUGAGUUGACUUUGACUAUUGACUCUGUUGUUGUUUAAUUGUUGGUUGACUUUGGGAUUUUUCACCAAUCGAGGAUGAUUUUAAUACGAACCAGAAUCAACUAUACCGGUGUCAGCCAAAGCCUUGGACCGAUCUGGCCAAUUCACAAGGUUGAACGUGUUUGUUUCCGGCCCGGAACGGCCCAU